CUCCAUAAGAAACUGGUUGUAUUUUUGUAUAUAUGAGAAAGAAAGAAAGAAAGAGAGAGAGAGAGAGAGAUUGGAAUGUGACUAUUGGUACACAGAGAGGGGACAGAAAAACCAAAAGAAAACCCUAGAAUUCUUGCGGCUCAAAAACGUUAAAUUUGCUUUCUUUUCUAUGGUUUUCAGAUCCAACUUUGCCUCAAGAUUGAAAUUUUCGUGUUUCAAUAAGCUUUGAUCGUGGUCAGUUAUAGUGAUUUUGGGACAAAAGCAAUUGUGGGUUCGGUUUAGAAAUUUGAGAUCUUGUGAAGUAUUUUUUGGAUUGGGGGUUAUAUACUAUUUAUAAAAAGUGGUUAAAGAUGAUGUCUAGAUCGUAUACCAAUCUUUUAGAUCUAGCUUCGGGGAACUUUCCGGUAAUGGGGCGCGAAAAGAAGCGGCUACCACGUGUAAUGACCGUUCCCGGAGUUAUUUCUGAGCUUGAUGAUGAUCAGGCCAACAGUGUGUCGUCAGAUGUUCCGUCUUCGGUUGUUCAAGACCGUAUCAUUAUUGUUGCUAAUCAGCUUCCUGUGAAAGCUAAGCGUAGGCCAGAUAAUAAGGGGUGGAGUUUUAGUUGGGAUGAGGACUCAUUGUUAUUACAGCUGAAGGAUGGUUUACCUGAAGAAAUGGAGGUUUUGUAUGUAGGGUCUUUGAGGGUUGAAGUUGAUAUGAACGAACAAGAUGAUGUGUCGCAGCUUUUGUUGGAUAGGUUUAAGUGUGUCCCGGCAUUUUUACCGAACGACAUUUUGAAUAAGUUUUAUCAUGGGUUUUGUAAACAGCAUUUGUGGCCACUCUUUCAUUACAUGCUUCCCUUCUCAGCAAACCAUGGCGGGCGGUUUGAUAGGUCUUUGUGGGAGGCCUAUGUGGCUGCAAAUAAGAUUUUCUCGCAGAGGGUGAUUGAGAUUUUAAACCCCGAAGAUGAUUAUGUUUGGAUUCAUGAUUACCAUUUGAUGGUGCUGCCUACUUUCUUGAGGAGAAGGUUUAACAGGCUGAGAAUGGGAUUUUUUCUUCACAGUCCGUUUCCUUCAUCCGAGAUAUAUAGGACAUUGCCUGUGAGGGAAGAGAUCCUUAAGGCACUUUUGAAUUCUGAUCUAAUUGGUUUCCACACUUUUGAUUAUGCUCGACAUUUCCUGUCUUGUUGUAGUCGAAUGUUGGGUUUGGAGUAUCAAUCAAAAAGGGGUUAUAUUGGAUUGGAAUAUUAUGGAAGGACGGUGGGGAUAAAGAUCAUGCCAGUUGGGAUUCACAUGGGCCAGAUUGAAUCUGUUUUGAGACUCGCAGAUAAGGAGUGGAGAGUGGGGGAGCUCAGACAACAGUUUGAAGGAAAAACUGUGUUACUUGGGGUUGAUGAUAUGGAUAUAUUUAAAGGCGUCAAUUUGAAACUGUUGGCAAUGGAACAGUUGUUGAAGCAGCAUCCAAAGUGGCAAGGAAGGGCAGUUCUGGUACAAAUUGCAAACCCUGCUAGGGGACGAGGGAGGGAUCUUGAGGAAAUUCAGGAUGAAAUUAGUGCAAGCUGCGAGAGAAUUAACAAAACUUUUGGGCGACUAGGUUAUGAACCAAUCGUCUUCAUUGAUAGACCAAUCUCUCUUAGUGAACGAACGGCAUACUACACCAUUGCUGAGUGUGUUGUCGUCACAGCUGUGAGGGAUGGGAUGAAUCUCACACCUUAUGAGUACAUUGUGUCCAGGCAGGGCGAUUCUGGGUCAGAGCCAAGUUCAGAAUUGAGUGGUCCUAAGAAGAGCAUGCUAGUAGUAUCAGAGUUCAUUGGGUGUUCGCCUUCAUUGAGUGGUGCAAUUCGGGUCAACCCAUGGAAUGUUGAAGCAACUGCUGAGGCAAUGAAUGAGGCAAUUUCAAUGAAUGAUUCCGAGAAGCAAUUGCGCCAUGAGAAGCAUUAUAGGUAUGUUAGCACGCACGAUGUGGCAUAUUGGUCAAGGAGCUUUUUCCAAGAUAUGGAAAGGACUUGCAAGGACCAUUUCAGAAGACGUUGUUGGGGAAUUGGUUUGAGCUUUGGUUUCAGGGUUGUGGCACUGGAUCCUAAUUUCAGAAAGUUGUCUAUUGAUGCCAUCGAAUCUGCAUAUAUAAAGUCCAAACAUAGGGCCAUUCUUUUGGAUUAUGAUGGCACAGUAAUGCCCCAAACUUCCAUCAACAAGUCCCCAAGUGAAGAGGUUAUAUCAAUUAUCAACAUGCUUUGCAGUGAUGAUAAAAACACAGUGUUUGUUGUUAGUGGAAGAGGAAAAGAUUCAUUGGGAAAGUGGUUUUCUCCUUGCAAGAAACUUGGAAUUGCUGCUGAACAUGGUUACUUCAUGAGGUGGCAUGCUGAAGAGCCUUGGAAGACCAUUGGGCAGAGUAAUGACUUUGGGUGGGUACAGAUGGCUGAGCCUGUUAUGAAAUUAUAUACUGAAUCCACUGAUGGUUCUUACAUUGAAACCAAGGAGAGUGCUUUGGUUUGGCACCAUCGGGAUGCGGACCCUGGUUUUGGAUCUACUCAGGCUAAGGAGUUGUUGGACCAUCUAGAAAGUGUUUUAGCGAAUGAACCAGUUGCUGUCAAAAGAGGUCAAUACAUUGUUGAAGUGAAGCCGCAGGGAGUGAGUAAAGGCCUGGUUGCAGAAAAGAUCUUUGCAGCAAUGGCAGAGGGUGGCAAGCAGGCUGAUUUUGUACUGUGUAUCGGUGAUGACCGAUCUGACGAGGACAUGUUUGAAAUCAUUGGAGAUGCAAUGACAAGUGGUGUUUUAUCCUCAAAUUCAUCUGUUUUUGCCUGCACCGUUGGACAGAAGCCAAGUAAAGCAAAGUACUAUUUGGAUGACACAACUGAGGUCAUAAACAUGCUUGAGGCUCUUGCUGAUGCUUCAGACCCGUCACCCUCCCCAAGAAUUGAAGAAGGAUUUUCCCCUUGAAAUCCUCCUCCACAGCUUUUCUAACUUCAAUGUCUUCUCCUUUAUGCCAAUCGGGAAGAAAUAACAUGCCGGCCUGCGAUUAAAGGUGAUUAUAAUUUUCCUCUGUUUAAAGUAACUUGAUGGGAGAAACUUUAUAUGGCCUUCUUUCUGAUCAGUUGGUGGCCAUUUUGGAAACAUCAACAGCCUGGAUUUUUUCUGUGACAUAAACAAUGAAGGAGAAGUGUGCAUAAUGUGGGUUUUAAUUUGGAAGGCAGAUUUUUUAUUAAUUAAUAUAUUUUUUUUUUGGGCAUAAAUUCAGAUGUCUCAAGGGUCAACAGGACCUACCAUAUUUGUUCAUGGAGAACUGACUUGGAAUUGCAAGAAAUGCAUGAAUAAUCAUUGCAUCACAUACACAUAAAUUCUCUUCCCAGCCUGUGUAAUACAAUUGUCAACUGAUCAGAGUAGGCCAUGUUUCUCUCACUUGCAUUAGCAGGGACAAGUAACUUUAAUGUUGUGGAAGAUGUUCAGGGGGGUAGCAAGACAGGUUUCUGCUGAAGUAGACACUCGGUUAGAUAGAUGAACAGUACAUUGUUGUCUUUUAUUAUUAUUAUUAUUAUUAUUUUUUCUUACCUCUUUGAAUUUUUGAGUGAAUUUGUCUUGCCAUUGUUACUUGGAUAAUUUCUUUUGCUUUUUCUGUAAAUUCUAUAGCAAAAAUUUUCAUUUUAGUAUUA